AUGUCUCGCUGGGGCCCUUCGAUGAGGCGGUUCACCUCGGCCCUCAAGACAACAUGUCAUCAGACACGCCUCUUCUCUGUCGAGGCUGCCGCUCACCACGCCAACAAGACACAAGUCUACAUAUCCAGGUCCAAUGAUCCUCUCUUGAACCUCUCCGUCGAGCAUAGACUGCUGCAAACAACUCCGCCAGAGUCGACUAUUUUAUUGCUCUACGUUAACUCGCCAUGCGUCGUCUUUGGCCGGAACCAGAAUCCGUGGCUGGAGGUCAAUCUAUCGCGACUUGCGCAAAUUGUGAACCGCCCAGACGAAAUCGGAUGGAAAGACUCUGCGGUCAAGCUUGUUAGAAGGCGCUCUGGUGGUGGAACAGUGUUUCACGACCUUGGCAAUGUCAACUUCAGCGUCAUUUGCCCUCCGCAGGCGUUUGAUCGAGAUAAACAUGCGGAAAUGAUAGUUCGGGCGCUUAAGUCACUGGGACGACCAACUACGAGCGUUAACAAACGGCACGACAUCGUCAUGGACGUACAAUUAGAUGGCAAGCCGGCUCACAGCACAUUCAAAAUCUCCGGCUCUGCGUACAAGCUGACGCGUUUGCGAUCCUUGCACCACGGUACAUGUCUUCUUCGCAGUCCCAAUCUGUCAAAUAUCUCGGGGAUGCUUCGGUCGCCGGCAGAGCCCUUUGUGAAAGCCAGGGGUGUUGAUAGUGUGCGGAGUCCGGUGAGGAAUGUGGACUUGGAUGUCGAGGUGUUCAAGGACGCGGUUGUCGGAGAGUUUGCCAAAAUGUAUGGUGACUUUGACGUGCAGACAGAAUUCGACAGUCGCGCAUCUCAGGAUCAAAGGAUAGCCAGUGGGUACGAAGAACUGCGAUCCAAGGAUUGGAUAUAUGGACAAACCCCGCGGUUCACAUUUUGCACUCAUCCGUUUGAGGAGGAUCCUCGCCAUCGGCCUGAACUAUCAUUUGAUCAUAAACUUCACUUUGAAGCAAGACAUGGCAUUAUUGAACGAUUUAGCAUUGGCGGGCAGCAAAACUUUAGCGAACAGCAGCUUAUCAAUCGUUCUCUUCAUGACAUAUCCAACUGGGACACGCAGCUUUUUCAGGCUGGCCUGGGAAGGAAAGAUGCCUACGACGUUGGAAGCUGGAUGAACCGAAUUCUUGGCACCGAAUUUACACAAAUCUCGUCGCCUGCUGCCAUCUAA